GUUAGCUAUCAACGGUCUCUGCAUUCGGAGGACAAGUUCCUGCUGCACAAGUCAAGUAUUCGCAGCUCAUGCGAAUUACAUUUAUAGUGUCUUAUUUUACUCUAGUGGAAUUGGGGAAGCUGUUUUCUUAAUCCAAGAUGGCGGUGAUAAACAUGUUCUGGACUAAGAGUGUUCUGCUGAUGGCUUUCCUGGCAUGCCAUCUUCACUUUGCGGACGCUCAGACGACAUUGCCCACGGCUUCAUCUGACGUGAAUGACUUCCAACUGACCCAGGGUCAAGCCGAGGGCAGAGCCUGCCAAUGCUCGAUCAAAACACCAUUCCCCGUGGUUUGUACGGACUACCAAAUAAAUAACAACUCCGAGCAACUACGACAGAUUCAACAUCAGAUAAACAACUUGACACUUAAUGUUACUCAAUUGUACGAGAAGGCAACCUUGCAAUCCGAGCUCAUCAUUACCUUCCAGGACAACCUUGCCGAAGCUACUGAGAAAUUCAACUUAAUGGAGGGUGGGCAACUGCUGAUCACCCGGGCCGAGAUUGAGGGAGUACGCCAGAAUGUUCGCGGCAUGGCCUCUGCUCUGUACACAUUACAACAGUGGCAAGGGAUCCAGACAGAUGACGAACAAGUGCAGAGAAUUCGGGCCAUUAUGACAGACGUUUCAUCCAUCAGCACUGUUGUGGAUGCUAUGAUGGAGUUUGAAAACAACGAUGACUUAGACGGCAUGCAGCGUCGAAUCACUGAGUUAUCUGGUCAGCUUAGAACUUGCAACGCGGGGCAGCAGACGGGUGGUGGUGCACAUCACCCCACUCCUACCGUAGGAACAGCAACUGUGAGUCCAGGCACCAGACAGGGCUCAGUCGGUGGUCAAGCACUGCCGGAAAGAUGGCCAGAGAUGGCAAAACAAAAUAGCUGUGGAAGACUAGUCUCCAUUUCAGAGCCUUACACUGUACGAGGAAGUCUGAAUCAAUAUGGAGUGUGGAUGAGGGACCCGGAGGUGAAUCCUGACUAUGUGUAUUAUCAUAAUUUCACAUCCUCAAGUCAAACUGUGAAGUUUGGAGGCAGUAUGAGUGUUGGUGCUUUCCAGCGGUCUAAAACCCAUUGGAUUAAAGGAGAAAAUCUCCAACACAUCAAGGAGGCGAUCGUCUACAACAGCUCCCUCUAUGCAUACUCCGAGGAACGAGUGGCGUACACAACGAAAUCGAGCUAUGACUAUUACGGACGCACGAGAACAGAAACACACUAUCGUACAGACAAGAAACUGUCCAAGAUCACAUGGGGCUCUUCACCGGAUUCGAACAUGACUAUCGACUCAGACGACGUGGUGAGUACGCGGGACAUUGCAUCAGAUACACCCCUUGAUCGGAUCGCUUACUCCGGUCCAAGUGACGUUCCAAAGAUGGACCUGAGCGUAGAUGAAUCUGGACUGUGGCUGACAUACAGUAAUGAACUGGAGAUGCUCGUCGUUAGUAAAGUGGAUGAAGAAACCUUGGAGUUUGAGCGUACAGUUGAGAGUUCCUACCCGAAGAAUAGCGUUGGGAACUGCUUCAUCAUCUGCAAGAAGGUCUACUGUCUGAACGGGGCCAUGAGGUACGACUCUAGGGUGGCUUUCUUCAUGGACACUGACAGUGGCUUCGAAGGAUUCGUCAAUGUCCCUUUCAUCAUCAAGUACGGGAGCCUAUCAUCCAUUGAGUAUAACCCACGUGACCAGCUGCUGUAUGGCUGGGACAAUGGCCAUGCUGUUGUGUACAGUCUUACUUUCGAGUGACGCCCCAACAUACGAGCACGCAACAUCCCGCCACGACGAGUGUCGAUUAAACAACGGCUACGGGAUAAUCUCAAUAUUUCAACUAUUACCUUUUUAUGGCCAAAAAUACAUCGUAGAUACCGGUUAAUAAAUAUUUUACGCUUACAAUUUGCAUAAUAGUAAUAAAUAACUUAAGUCAAAAUGUACCUCUCCGCGCGGCUUUUUCAGCUGAGAGUCAAAAUUGUUUAUGCAAGUUGACGUCAUUGGCGCCUUUUCCCAAUGGGUUUGUGCACAGUUCUCCAGCUUUGGCCAAUUGAAGGCGCUAUUUUUCACAUCAUAUAGCGCUAAUGAAGUCACAUUUCCUUUGUCGCGCGGGCUUGCACGUUUUUCAGAGUUUUGGCUUGGAGUGUUUGGAGAAAAAAAAACAUUUUAAAAAUGUUUUAACGUGAGGUAAGAUACUCGUUGUAUGACGACUGCAUCUAUUACAAAAAUGUAACAACUAUAUAUUUCUGUGGCCGGCCUUUAAAGUUAAGAGCAUAAUAAUAAUUCUAUAUCAUAUGAAGCUAAAAGCAAGUUAAAGUUAUUAUCCUUUUGUUAAAUAAGUAUAAGUUUCAUUUCAGCAAUACUCAUAGUUUACGCGUGACCCCGUGUCGAUUAGUGUAGAAAAUGUGUAAGCACUGCUGUAGUUCACAGAAAGGCAAUCGUAUGAAAAAAUUACCCCUACAAGUUUAAAACACAAAAAAACAACUCGUCACGAUUAUUAACACUUCAAAUAACUAAAAACAAAAAGAUCAUUAUUUUAUCAGUGUAAAUAGUGAACAUGUUGUCACCCAAUGUCAAGAGAGAAACCCAAAAUGCAAUACUGCAUGAGCUAUUGCGGUGGCAGUAUACUACCAGGUAAGGGUCCACUGAAUAAACUCCAAUAUAAACCAUUACAGUCCUAAACUGCUUAAUAAUCAAAACGACACAAACAAAAUUCGAAAAUAUCUUGAAAAUACCCAGCCUCCUGAAAACUAUUCAAAUAUUUGUUUCUGACAACUAAACGUUUUUUGUAAUCAUUGGAAGGUCGGCCGUUUGAAAUUGUUCUCUAAUUAGCCCAGAAAAAACCUGAACCCGACUUACCAGUUUCAAUGAGGCACUCCAUCAAUGGUACCAACUUCAAAGCCUAAAUUUAUCAAGUCUCCUUAUAAGUUAAAUAGUCAACCAAUAGGGUGGCAACAUAAGGUAUGAUUUCAAGAAACAAGAUUCGUUAUGACGUAGGCAGAGCUGUGUAUUGAAGAGUUGCGACAUGGAGGGACCAGUUUUCUUUGGUCACGUGGUUGCUGGGCGUCAUGUUGUCUCGAAAAUGCAACACAACCCAAUGGUCACACUAAUCUAGCACUCCGUGUUCGCCCAUGCGUUUCCUGUGGAACAAAAUGGAUUCUAAUCGCAAAUUGUCGUAACUCUUCCAAUAUACGGCUCUGGACGUAUUAACAUUUUGGUCAAAGUUAAGUUUGCAGUCGCGACUUUUAGGCUUACUCUCUUUUCCUAGUUAGCUUUAAGACUGAGAGAGAGAGAGCGCAUUUUUAUUUUCUUUAGGAGUUUCUCGUUACAAAUUGACAUUGUCUCAUGGUGCUGCCGGAAUUUUCACAAAGAACAGUUGUUCACUAGAAAUAGAAGUGAACUCUGGUUGAACCCUCAGAUUCAGCUCAUUCAGCUCAUGCUAUAUACAGGCUCUUGUGUUAUUUACUAUAACGCUGGCUUGGAGGUCAGGGCACCAUACCAACGAAAAACAGCAGGCUGCCAUAUCAAUCGAUAAUGUCAUCGUCAGCCAAUAACCGUGCAUGAAAACCAUGCUGUCCAAUGGUUGCUGGUUUUUUUUUUCGUAACGGGAGUUUUUGGACGAACGGUGGAAAGUGCUGUUUCCUGACUGGACUAGCUACUAUCCGGUCUCGCUUUUAACAUUUCUGGGUAUAAUAUGAAAUAAUCUAUCCAUACUAAUUGGGGACUGUUGCCGACAUUCAUAACGGAUUAAUUUGCCGUGUUUUUGUGACUUGUUUUCAUUCCUUUUGAAGCAAUUUCUUACGUGCAGAUUUCUCUUUUACAAAUUUGAGUUGCACCGAUUUUUUUCAUUCAAAAACGACAGACUCUUUGUUUCAAUUUGCUUUAUUUUGGUUGAGGCUUUUCAGAAAAGGCCAACAAAUGACAGAAUUUCAGAAGCCCUACUAAUUAAAUAUUCAUGCACGAAAAUCGAUGAAAUUUUUUCAGAUAAAAAGAAGGAAUUUCAGUGUGCUGCGGAUUGGCUGUGUUGUAGUGAAGACCGCCAACCCGAGACCAAAACCAAGACGAAGACCAAAACCAAGACCAGCAUGUCCAAGACCAAGACCGAUGGGGAGACAUACAACACUGCUGUUUGGAAUGACUCUAAAAGUUAAUGGCAAUGAAAACUUACGUUUAAAUAAAUACAGCAGCUUUGAUAUAGUGUACUGCAUGUUUUGAAACAUUUCAUUUUCAAGUACAACGGUAAUGGAAAGUUGUAGCACAUUUGUAUCCCCCUUAAAAUUGAAAAAAAUGAGUGUGAUGACUGUAGUAACGCUUAGACAAUUGUGUUUUCCUAUAACAUUCUUCUGCGUGGACAUUAUUCGCCCUGAAGUUUCGGCGAUACCUAAAAACCGAGUCCACCUCUUGAAAUGAUUUUUUUUACAGCUGGUUUACUUUUUUGUAUAUAACUACAUUAAAACUUCAAAAACAUAAAACACAAAAUAGUACAGUAGACUUGUUGUUUUAAUGAAAAAUCUGAUUACUCUUUGAUACUUUAUGUCAGGUGUUUGCAACAUAGCAAGACAAACCGAUGAAAUAAAUAACGCAUGCAAAACUUAUAUAAUAAUUAA